AUGCACCAGCCCCGCCCACCCGCAGACGGAGGUUCCGCCCUUAACACAGGCCCCGCCCCUCAGGAGCUCGGAGCCGCACGGCCGCCAGCAGACUGUCGUGUGGGCGCUGAGGCGCCACUUCCUUUGAGGGAAGAGCCGGGCCUGACGGCCAGGGCCUCCCGCCCUUGUCCCGCCCGGCCGCGCUCAGGCUCCGGCCUCAGCGUGGCCCGGGAGCUCCGCACGCGUCGGUGCCCGGCGUUUGUGCGGCUGUUCCCUGGGGGCGCCGGGACUGGGGGCUCGCAGCCCGGGGUUGGGACUCCUGCUGCGCGCACCGCCCCCGAAUCAGUCCGGACCCCGGGACCCCCCAAGUCCCCUGCACCCGAAGACCUCGCUCACCCUAGGGCCCUCCGAGCCCCACAAAUCUCGGGACCCUUGUGUCUCGAGAGCUCUGCGCACCCUGGGAUCUCCGUGAGCCCCAGGAGUCCCUGGCCUUGGGGCUCCUGCGCCCCGGGACCCCUGCUGCCCAGGAGUCUGGCGCCCCGAGAGCCGGCGGGCCCCGUGCAGUCCGCCCGCCCUUCGGCUGUAAGGGGCCCCGCCUGGGGCGCGCUGCCACUCGCCAAAGCGACUUUGGGUGCCGCCUUUGCGAGCUGUCUCCUCCCAGCGCCCAGACCCCCGCCUGAGCCGCUCCCAGGGCUCCUCCCGCGCCUGUCCUCUGGCAGCAAGAGAAGCAAGAAGUUGGACGCGAUCGACUGUGCCUUACGAGGGCCCAAAGACUCUGAAAACGUCAAAAAGCCUCUGCCCUCUCGGUUACGAAGACGAGAAUGAGGAGGACGCCCGAGUGAGGACGGCCUUGUCCUCCCCUUGGCCCUGCUGUGUGAGGCCCUGGCCUCCGUCCUUCCAGCCCUGACCUGGGGUCCUGGUGGGGCUGGGCCACCGGCGAGGGCGAGGGCGGGAGCGGCCGGGACCCUGGUGACUGGGACAGUGCUGGCGAGGAGGGUGUCCUGCCUCUGGGCCCCGGCGAGCUGGACCUGGAGCAGAUGGAGAGUAGCUGAUCAGCAUGCGGGGCCGGUGUAGGCGCCUCACCUCUUCCUCGCCAAGGCCCGGGCUGUUCUGAAUGUGAAGUGUCCCUUGGAUUAAGUCUUUCCUAAAGCAGUGUUUUGGAUUUUUACAUUUCACAGUUCUGAGAAAGCAUCUCUGUUUUGAAAGGAAUUUUCGGAUGCGCGUUCUGUUAACAGGCUCUGUGCGCAGACUGGCGUGGCCGUGUGUCCCACGAGAAGCUGUGUUCAGCUUCUCGGGACCCCGCGGCACGGUCCCCGCGAGCCAGCUGCCCUGUCUGGAGCGGAGCCGCAUCUCGGGCCGCUGACUGGGGGCUCAGGGCUGAGGCCUUGGGCUGUGAGGACGGUCCGGCCUCUCGUGCCCCUCCCCGGGCAGGUGCGGGGUAGGGUGGGGGCCGCACAGGCCUCCGUUUGCUCCUUCUGACUCAAUAAAACCCUGAGAUUUCCACCAAAGAUGUUGAUCCAAGGAACUUUAGAUAAGAGACGGAGCUUGAGACAGCAAAAGGAAACGUUUAUGACCUUUGCAGAAACGUCCUUGAUUUUAUUUCCUGAGAAAUUGUUGUGGGGCCCUGUGGAGAGCAAAGGCACCCUCUGAAUUAGUUUGGAUGUAGGCAGAAGGCAGGCAAAGUGGGGAGGUGGGCUCGUCCUGCUGAAACCUCACCCUCAGGCCUCCACCUGCAAGGUGAGGGGCAGGGGCUCCUGCCUCAGUGCUGGGGCCCCUCCUGGGGACGUUGGGCUGCCUGCCAGGCGCUGACCCAUCUCCUGCAGGAACCCCGGCAGCACCUGCCCAGUGGCCGGAAGGAUUUCUUCCCGUUGGCGUCAGAGAGGUCUGUCUUGUGCUACA